AUUCUAUUUUUCAGAUGGAGAACAUUCUUUUAAGUGAUCGUGGUAAUCUUUUUUUCUUCUAUUUCAGGCCUGUAAAAACAUUUAAAGAUUCUGUGGUCUUUAGAUGAGAUUAGAUAUUUUACAUUUUAACACCACACGCCUGCAUGGGUCCACAAAAAAAAACCUUGAAAGUUGAAAUUUGUCAAUUUACAUUCACGCAUGCAGCUCACCCCGGUAAAUGCAGGAUAUUUUCUGGAGUAUUUUCAGUGAAAACACCAUUGAACCAUACUAACACAUAUUCAAAGGCAAAGUCCUCCUAAAAGAUGGACAACAAAUGGAAAUUCAAGACUUGUUAAAAAAAAUCAGUCUUCGUGUGUCACAGUACAUCAGUGUUAGUGUGUGAUUCCAUUCAGGUCACCUUCGUCUGUCAGACUUUGGACUCUCCCGACGGCUAAAACGAGGAGGAAGAUUGUUCACCAUAUGUGGCACGAUCCAAUACAUGGCUCCUGAAGUUUUAAGGGGUGGUCCAUACAACCACGGUGCUGACUGGUGGUCUCUUGGCAUUUUGUUGUUCUCACUGGUGACAGGAGAGUUUCCAGUUCCUGCAGAGCCAGACCACAGAAGCAUGUUUAGCAAAGUCAAUGAUUUUCCUUAUGCCAUACCCAAGACCUCCAGUUCUGCUCUGACUUUUCUGCUCUCAGAGUUAUUGUGCAAGAAUCCAGCAAACCGGCUUCGUAACCUGGAGUGUUUUAAGAUGCAGGCCUUCUUCAGGGGCACUUCAUUCGACUCUCUUAUUCUUCAAAAGAAGCCUGUCAAAGUCAUCCUGGAGCUCAGGACUCAUCCCGACUGGGCAGCCAAAGCGAUAAGAGGCCUUUCAUUGGACUAUUUAGAUCACUUUGACUGUGAUAGAAUCCUUCGCUCUCCCACAACUCCCACUGAACAAUCUCCCAGUUUGGUCGACAUGGACCUGAGCCCAGGCACAGAGCAGACAUGUGAAACAUAAGACUACUCUCUGACUUUGUGUCAGAAUAUAAGAGCUGACUGGAAAUGAGAUACUCUGCUGCAAAGUAUUUAUUUA